AUGAGGCAGAUUAAUGUAGGCUGUAUUUUCUCGUUACCUUGUUUAGGCUUAUCUAGAAUCCAGCUCAUUUUAGAUUACGAGAGUUUGUACGAAUUUACAAUACACAAUAACCCGGUACACACCUACACUGCCCAUCCCGCCCUGGCUUACACUGCCCAUCCCCCUGGCUACACUGCCCAUCCCGCCUGGCUACACUGCCCAUCCCGCCUGGCUACACUGCCACAUUACCCUGCCUGGCCUACACUGCCAAUCCUGCCAUGUCCGCCUGGCUACACUGGCUCCCGCGCUGGGCUACACUGCCCAUCCCGCCUGGCUACACUGCCAUCCCGCCUGGACUACACUGCCCCAUCCCGCCUGCUACACUGCCCAUCCCGCCUGGCUACACACUGCCCUGCCUGGCUACACUGCCCAUCCCGCCUGGCUACACUGCCCAUCCCGCCUGGCUACACUGCCCAUCCCGCCUGGCUACACUGCCCAUCCCCGCCUGGCUACAACGGCCCUGGCUACACUGCCCCCUCACCUGCCUGGCUACACUAUGCCCCUCCGCCUAACACUGCCUCCACUGGCCACUGCCCACAUAUACCCGCCUGCUACACUGGCCCUGGCUACACUGCCCCUGCCUGGCGGCCAUCCCGCCACAGCCCAUCCCGCCUGGCUACACUGGCCCCAUCCCCGCCUGGCUACACUGCCACACUGCCCAUCCCGCCCAUGGCUACACUGCCCACCCCGCGCUGGCCUGGCUUGCCCAAUCCCGCCUGGCUAUGCCCUCCCGCCUGGCUACACUGCCCUGCCUGGCUACACUGCCCAUUCCCGCCUGGCUACACUGCCCAUCCGCCUGGCUACACCCCAUCCCGCCUGGCUACACUGCCCAUGGCUACACGCCUGCCGCUACACUGCCCAUCCGCCUGGCUACACUGCACUGCUCGCUGGCUACACUGCCCAUCCCCUGGCCACUUGGCCUGGCUACCUGCCUCACAGCCCGCCUUGGCCUAUCCCGCCCUGGCCCGGGCAUCCGCGCCUUACAAUCCCCCUGGCUACACUGGCCUGGCAACACUGCCCAGCCGAUACACUGCCCAUCCCCCGCCUGGCUACACUCCCAUCCCUGCUUAG